GACAAUGGAACUACCUUGUUUUUUGUAUCAUGGAAUUGACUUGCCUAACGCUGGAGUCGUUGGAUGUCAGCAAUAAUCGCAUCGCUAGUCUACCUCUGGAGAUACGCCAAAUGACCGCAUUGGUCGAGUUGAAUCUGGAAAAUAAUCCGCUUACAUCUCCGCCUGCUAGUCUCUGUGUUCGCGGUCUCGUACAUGUCUUUAAAUUUCUCGAAACUCAAGCGGCCAAAGACGAGAAGGGCUCACGUGCCGGUGGCAACUAUGAUGGUUACACUACAUUGCGAAGCGCGCCACGCCAUGCUGGCAAUGGCAGCGUACUCGAAUCGAAUCAUGUACCGCGACAUCAUGGCGUUGAGUCCGGUUAUAGCACCUGUGAUGGCAUUGAUAAGCGUUGGUCACACGAUAUGCCAAAUGUUAAAUCCAAAUUGGACUCGCCAGCACGUAAAACCCCGACAACACCGCCUCCCUCAUUGAGUUCAGAAUUGAUGGAUGCAUCGCUUACAUCCUGUUCAAGCACAAUUGUUGAUGAGUCAAUAUCGUUGUCAGCUAAUGUCUCGAGCACAGGUAGUGGUGUGGUAGCACCAACGGCGGCUGUGGUGAAGCCACUUAAUGCGACUGAAUCGCCAACGAAACGUAUAGUGGAUACAGUGCAAGUGGCGACAGUGCAAUCAGCACCCGUUACUCCUCAGCACCAGCAUUCGACGGCGCAGCAACAACACCAACAUAUAAACUAUGCGCAUUCGAAUUCCAGUAAUGGCAGUAAUAAUGGGAGUAAUGGCUCGUCACCGGACCAAGAGGAUGCUAUGAUGGAGCAUUACCAACACAUUGCUGGGGCACAAAAUGGCAGAAACGAUGAGAAGUCCAAUAAGAAUUUGGGGAACACACAAACCUAUCGCGAAUACAAGGAGGCACUCAAGCAGCAACGCAAUUUGGAAAUAUCGAGUGUUUACAAAAUCAAAAACAGCCAAAAAAUGUUGUAUGACAUGAGCGAAGCAUCGAAUGCAUUGAAUUCCAUAGCUGGCAACAUGCCACACCAUGAGGACAGCAACGGCGGUACUCUCGAUGGUGGCUGCAAUGAAAUUAUACGAAUUGUGAAUGGCGCCAACACAGUGCCACAACCGAAAUCGAUAAUGAAGAAUGGCGGUGGCGGUGGCGGUGGAGGUGGUGGAGUAGGUGUUGGCGUUGGCGUUGCAGCCACCAAUGGCGGCUUAAAAAUAUUCAAUGGAAUGGUAAAUGGUGUUAAUGGAGGUGGUGGUGGUGGUGGUGGUGGUGUGGUUGUUGGCGAUGUUGGCAGCGAUUAUUGUGUUGUAAUACCAAAGAAACCGGUGCAAAAAGUGACACCAUCACGAAAUACCGAAUUAAUGUCGUCGCUGGCGACGUCAAAGCAAAUACAACCAGUCACGACAACAACUGCAGGAGAGGAGGUUGAGAAAAUUUUGCUGUUGCAACAGCAGCAGCAGCACGCACAACAGGCCCAGCAGCUUGUAAAUGGUGAUUGCAUGGGUUAUGUGAAACCAAAUAGUCCAAUGAAAACGCUUAAUGGUAAUACUGGUGUUGGCGGGGGCUUGGGUGGUGUUGGCAUUUUGGCGAAUAAUAAUAAAAUAACUUCAAUUGGUGGUCUCAAAUCGCCGGUGAGCGGCACAAAUAAACUUGGCACAGCGAAAACGCAUCGCACUGUCACCUGGAAUCACGACAUACCUGCGGAGAAACUUAGCUUUACCAUGCGUCGCGAAUUUGAUCGCCAACGCGAGGAGACGGAGCUAAUGACACAGCUGCGGAGUAUCAUUGAAACACGUCUCAAAAUGACACUACCGGAAGAUAUAGCUUCCGCCUUGACCGAUGGUGUUAUUCUCUGUCAUUUGGCCAAUUAUGUGCGUCCACGUUCGGUUGCCAGUAUACAUGUGCCAUCGCCGGGAGUCUCCAAACUAACUAUGGCUCGUUGCCGCAGAAAUGUUGAUAAUUUUUUGGAAGCUUGUCGCAGAAUCGGUGUAGAUGAGAACCUCAUUUGCUGUGCUGCUGACGUCUUGGAAGGCAAAGGUGCUGUCCAGGUAGCCAUAACUGUUGGUGAACUCUUCCGUCUGCAUGCAAACGGUGCCAUCGCCAAUAAUACAGGAGCCAAUGGCGUUUCGACUAAAUCGCCAACCAGAGCGACACGCUCGACAUUAUCACCAUCGCCUGUUAUCUAAAGGAAACAAACGAAUGAACGGCAAGAAAAAAGUGGAAACGCUAAAGAAAAGGCCCAUUGUAGGCCACAAUAAUUUUCAUGUUAGCUUGGCAAAAAAAAAAAA